UCGCUGUUUCCAGAAGCAACAUUCACUCCAAAAAAUUAACUCACCCCCAAUGAAAAUCUGUGUCUGUUUUGAAAGACGAUAACCCACACUCCUCCCAGCCGCGACUGCAUCCACAGAGCAACGACUCCCUCUGAAGUUGCAGAGAUUCGUCCUCUAUUCUACAAAAAAAUUUACACAUGUACCGUUGGAAGUGUGUUUGCUAGAAUAGGGCUUCAAAUGUUAAAUGGUCGGAGCCACUUCUACCUCCGAUUCUUCAACCCAACUUCGUUGUGCUACUGGAGUGAGUGGGAAGGGAUUCCGUUCGGUGCCCUAGGUUCCUCAAGGAUUUUGCGAUCGUGGUCGAACACUGUUUUAGAAGUCCAGCUCUCUGUGUCCCAGUACCUCAAAGUAAUCUUUGACAUCAGUGGAUUGCUUCAAAAAACAGAGACUGAUCAUGAUAAAAGUGAAGGUUGUGGUGCUUCACCCAACAAAUCUACUCCUCCCAAGCGGCAACUUGACAGGACUCCUACAAAUCGUAGGAGGAAGAGCCAGACACGAACAAUCAUGAACUCCGCUUAGGACUUCAAAGAGUUUGUGCGAUGGAGGAUAGAAAAAGGAAACUCCUCUGCAACUUUAGCCAUUGUCCGACCUUCUGAUCCUAUGUAUGAUGGACCACAUAAUAUGAUGAGCUGUCAAAAGCUGCUUAACACUCUAGAGGAUAUUCCAUCGGAUUGUAUGUGUUGCCUCAGCAUAAAAUACAUACUGAUCCUGAUUGGCGCAUGUCAUUCAUGGAAGUGAGGACGGAUAGGAGGUUGUGGAUGAUACGACACUUGAAGGAGAUCCCAUGAGCUGGUUGAGUUGGUGAUUGCAUGGUUUUUCGAGACAGAUGAAUUAGAUUUUUUUUUUUUGCUGGGACUGUUAUAUGACUUUUCUUACUGACAUAUGUUUGUUGACCUGGAUGUUGACGCUUGACUUAUGUUGCAUGUGUUUUAUUUGUUUGAUCAUGCAUGAUGAUUUCAAUUGUGCAAGUUUCUAUUCA